GCUCCCGCCCCGCCGAGGCCCGCGGGAGGCGCCGCGCGCGCCGGUAGCGCGCAGGCGCUGCGCUCCAGCCGCCUCCGGCGCGCAGGAGCGGAGCGGGGAGCAGCAGGCGAGGCGGCGGCCACCCCGCGCGCGCCCCCCGCCAGGGCCGCCGGGCGCCAUGCGGGUGCCGCUGGCCCUCCUGGCGCUCGCGCCGCUGCUGGCGGCAGCAGCCCCGGAGCGUCCGGCCGCAGCGAUUCAAGUCUGUCCUCUUAGUACUGUGUAGUACCUUGCUGGGAUAUUUACCAUGAUCAACAAUUCAAAAAAAAAUGCUCUCUGGAUUAGUGUCAACUCUGAGCCCUGAGGAAGUAAAAACCUGUUGUAAAUAGUAGCAGUAAAAAGUAUUUUUCAGAAGCAUACAUGUAGUGAACAAGAUAAUCUUCAACCAGAUACAGAAAUCUAUCUCAGUCUGCGUGUUUCUGAACUUGCUGAGAUUUGUGAAAGAACUUGUGUACAAUAUGGCAUUGUUGACAAAGUACCUUUGCCAACACAAAUUGUAAUAAAAUCCAAAAAUUUCAGGACUGUCAUGCACUGGCAUUACCCACCUGUUUUCGAAACCCCUCGUUUUACAGUGGAAAUCAAACCUUACAACUUAGGUGUUUAUAAGACCAUCUCUACUUGUGUGAACACCUCAGCUCAUUUUUGUGAUCUCUCAGGGGAAAUAGAAGACCUUUUUUCCUCCCAUUGGUUUCGAGUUAAAGCUGUUCUUGAGUCAGAACAGUCUGAGUAUGUUGAGACAAGUGAAUUUAUUUUGCGAAAGCAUGGAGAAAUAGGACCACCUAAAUUGCAUCUCUCAAGGCACAGUGACAGAAUCAUCGUUGAUAUUUAUCAUCCUCCAUUUCCAUCUGUGGAGCUUUAUCCUUGGAUCAGAAAAGUUUAUUCAGAGCUCACAUAUGCAGUGACUUUUAGGGACAGUAAAAAUCAGAGUAAAGAGGAGUUCCUUGCAGAUGAUUGUAAUAUGCAUGAAUGUAACCUGAACAUCCCCAUUCCUUCUGAAGGUUCUAUUUAUUGUGUUUCGGCGAGGGGAAGUUUAUAUAACGAUCUGAUAUUUGGCGUCCAGUCAGAAGAAAGCUGCAUUCAUGUUCCUAACAAGCAGACUUUGAGCACACAAAAUACUAUAAUUGUGGUUGGUAUCAUCCUGAGCUUUGGUCUAAUUUUGAUUACAUGUUGUGGCUUCAAGAAACUAAGGAAGAAGAACAUAAAGCUGCCUAAGUCUUUGGUCAGUGUGAUAAGAAACCUAAACACAGACAACUUUCUAGAACCAAAAUUAGAGACAAACUACAACUCUGUGGUAAGCCUCAUGCCAGAUGAGGCAGCAUCGCCAGUGAAUGAUGAAGUGAACCCGCUGAAGGUAGAGCAAAAAGAAGGAAUUGUUAAUCCUGAGAAUUCCAGUGAAGGAGCAUCUUGUAUUCUUCUGCCAGAGGUACCAAGCAACACAGGAGAGGUUUCUGUGCAGGAAAGCACAGAGGAGGUAUCCUCUGAUGAUGAACAAAGUCAUAAAGUGAAAGACAAUUAUUUCAUUUCUGGCAAUAAUCAAACAGAGUUAUGCAGUAACUCUUCAGAUCCAGAGGUUUCUACCACAGAAGUACAACAAACAGUAAAUCAAAGCAGCUGUCUCAAGUUUUCGGGCUAUGACAAGCCUCACGUGCCAUUAGAUAUGUUGAUAGAUGUUGGUGAAGAACAGCCUGUGAUUGCAUACAGGCCCACUGACUAACCAGGGUAGCUGCAGCAUUUAACCAGAACUCAUGAAGAAAAGCAUUACUGAAGAUUAUGGAGAGUAUUGGUAAUGUUAUCAACAUCUAGAAGUUUUAAAAUAUCCUGAUCCAAACAGAAUAACUAGUAUAUAACUUACUACAGUGGGAUGCUGAAAUGCAACUGAGAGUAGUGCCUGAGAACAACGUAAAAAGUGGGGAAAAGUUUCAUAAUAACCUGUCACUUCCAGAAGCGUUUGUGUAUAUGGCAUAGAGUACUAUUUGAAACAGGAAGUAGUAAGUUAAUUUUUUAAUAGUACUCUAUGGAGAACAGAUAUUUCAUGAAGGAAUAUAAAGCAGUUGCUGUAUCAUUGUUCCAUUCUGUCUCAAAUCCUUUUCAAAAUUAAUUCUGUGAACUGAAUACUUAAAGUCCUUCACUUGUUUAUGAGAGGUGUUCAAGAAAUGUUUGAGAGUUUUUUGCCUUUAUUGAAGGUGUUCUGUUGUUUCUCUUUGUUUUCUCUUAAAUGCUUAAAGGAUAUUUCUGUUUUAAAAGAAAUCCUACUAUUUCUUCGAAGAGUAUACUUAUAGCUUUUUCAUGCACCAUGAAGGAACUGAGUAAUUUGGUUCCAUGGCCAGGAACCAGCUAUUCAUUAUGUUCUGUUCUGCAAUUAGAAAUGUGCACUGGAGGACUAGUACUUCCUACAUUUCAGUUAGUAAACAUUAGACUUUUUCCUUCAGUAAACAUUAGACUUUUUCCUUCAGAGCACAAGUCCUGUGACUCUAAAAAAGGCUAUUUUAAAAAAGUUAUGUUAUCUGUGUAUAGCUGCAUUGAUUUGGGUUGCCUAGAUACACUGUGUAACCAAGUCACGUUCUCAAACUCCUAUUCUAGCAGGCUGACUGACCCUCAUUGAAAGAAGUUUGUUUAAUGUCUGGUUACACAAAUUCUUUAGAAAAUGUUUUCAAAAUUCAAAAGUUUGUCUUCCUCCAGAGCAUUUCUUUUCUAUUCUUAUUCUUAGAACAGUGUGGUUUUUGAUAGAAGUCAACAGGAGUCCAGCCAGUCACAGCUAAGCUGUUUUCUAGCAGGUUGAAAAUGACUACCAUUUUUCAGUUCUUGUGACAUAAGUCAGAAACUACACCAAACUAUCUCCCUCCAAAAUACAUCUCAAAACAGAAGUAGUGUGAUAAUUUGUAGUUCUGAAGUUAGUCACCUGACAGCACUUUGAAUUUUGAAGGAUAAGAUUAUAAUUUUGAAAGUCGAAGAAUGAGAGUUAUAUUUCUUAUUUAAAAAUUUUGAGUCUAAUGCCUAUAAUCCAGUUAUUUUUCCCUUUAGACAAGAUUUUAUGGUAAAUGGUUUUUUUCUGGGUUUUUUGGAAAUGUUUACAGUAGGUUUUAAUGAAGCUUACUUCAGGGGAAAAGGAUAUUUUUUUUACAGACACAAGAUGGUGUGUCUGCACACUUUUUUUUUUUUUUACAAAAGUGUCUAUUUUAAAAGAUGUUUUUUGUAGGCGUAUCAUUAGUAUUUGAAAAGCUCAUAAAUCUUGACUAUUACAGCAAAUGGUUUUGAAGGAAAACAAGUAUUGUAGUACUGCUGUCCUUACCUUUCUCACUGGUAUGAAUAUUCAUAAGAUAAAGUUAGUUUCUAGAGGACCCACUGGACUGCUCUCUUUCCUGCAAAUAUCAGACGUUAACCACAGUGGUAUAUGCACAAUUCCCAAAGGGUUCAGGAGAAUAGCAGUCUUUCCCUUCUCUACUCACAGGAAGACAAUAGUUCUGCUAGUAGUAUUUUGAUAGUUUGAGGAAAAGACGAAUCAAGUAGGCAAAUGUUGCAGUUAUGUUGUAACAGAAAGCUGAGUUAAAGAUUUCAGUAUGUUUUAACUGACUUUGUAUUUCUACAUUAGAUUUCAGUCUAGUGGGACCAUCUGAUUUUUUUUUCAAUGUCAUAUUCUGGGUUGAGUUCCUAGCAAUUGGUGCAGGUGACUCAUUUUUCAGGAUCUAACUGUGUAUCUCCACAGCAGAAGGGCAGGAAAUAAGUCUCUGUCUUCUAAGGAGGCUUUGAAAAUCAAAAUUAACUUGGAGUUGAAGUUUCGACUAAACUGACUUUGGUUAAUAAUAUGGAUCACCACUGAAGUGUGCUUUUAGCCAUCUGUGCUACUAAGGAGAUGGGCAGCUGUGUUUUGUACAGAGUUUGAAGCUGUUGUCCUUUCUUCCAGGUUUUGUAGGUUUGUUGAUAAAUAUGAACUGCAAUAAAUACCUUGGAAAGUUAUAAAUGUCAGAUAGUCCUGUGAGUGGAAGGGACCAGCCAGGUGCUAGGAUAUAGGUAAGGGUAGGUAUAGUUAAGAUUGAUCAGAAGUAACACAGAAAUAAAUAUGGGAAGAAUUUGGCAUGGUGGGUAGUUUUGUGUAAUGGAAAGGCACUGUUACUCUGUAACCUGAAACUCAAGCAUAGGAGCUUAGGUAUUUUGUACUAAGCAACAUAUACAUAUGUAACUAACCUCUUCUUGAAACUAUCACAAGAAUAACUUUUAAUAACUGAAAAUUUCUACACUAUAGUUACAAAACCACUGAAGCAUCACUUUCAGUACAGGUAUGUCAUCCAGGUGCUGUGUACUUAACCUUGGAAGUCAGUGGGAUGGGGACAGUUUGAGCCAACCACGGAGUACAUCUGGAUGUUUCAAUUGCUCAGACAGCUUUCAGGUUUUAUGACUGUGAAUUGGAGAAGUUUGCAGGGAGCAUAAAGCACCAGGUUAUUUUAUUCAUUAGCUGUGACUGACUGAAAAUGAGGUCACAGUGAGACAAAAAUGCAUCCCCUGGGUUAAACUAGGCUCCAUCUCCCACAGUCUUGUCUCCAGCAGUUCUUAGUAUUUAGAGAGAGCCUAGGAACAAGGUAAGUGCAUAAUGGUAUUUCUGCCAGCAUACAAUCCAGCUCCAGCAACCUGCAGUGUGGGGACUUCCUGAGCUGGGGAACAUGGAAAUACCUUACCAGCUACAGCUAACAACUUUUCUAAGAAUUUCUUUAGUUGUCCUUUUUGUGUGAACUUUGCAAUUUUUUAAUCUACUGUGCAAUUAAUAGUAAAGUAUUGUGGUAACAUUCUGUGCUGGCAAGAAGCAUCAAAUGCUGUGUUUUUAUGCUUUUUCAUAUAAAUAUAGUUUAAAAAAUGCACACUUCAAAUCUACUGACAUCUGUGAAAAGAAGACAUCUUAUAGUGGUCCCAGUUGCUUAGAACAGAUGUGCAUAUUUGUAUAUAGUCCCUCACUGGUUGAGAUUCCAAGGAGAGAGACCUGCAUGCAAAGAGCUGUUUGUCUUAAGCUAGAAGUAACUGGUUGCUCUGAAGUAGUGCCACGUAAACAGUUUAAUACAAGUAAAUACUUAAUUCAUAUUAAUAGUUUCAGCAUGUCUCAAAAAAAAAAAAAAAAAGCAGCACCUUUCAUCUUACCAAAUAAGUACUCUACAUUAAAGCCAAAAUACAGAGGUUUUCUAUAGUGACCUGCAUAAGUAUCUUUAGUAUGAUUUUUAAAAACUCGGUCUUUUAAGUAUGAAACCCUUAUUUAUUAACAUUUUUCAUAUUCUCUAAAUUAAUGCAAUCAUUGGGCUAGAUGGAACCUCCAGAAGUCUAGUUCAUUUUUCUCCUCAGAAAUCUCCACAUCGUUCCUCUAGCAUGUCUCUCUAAUGACUACAAAACGUCACCAGGCAAUCUAUUCUAGUAGAGCAUUACCCUUCAAAAAUAUUUUUGCAAUGUCUAAGCCAAGUCUUCUUGGCUUUGGUAAGCUCAGCGUUCUAUCCAAAAUGGACCUGCUGAGCAUACUUUGAUUCUUUUCUCAAGUUUAUAACUAAACUGCUUGUAAAUACUGUAAAUUUUAAAUGUUUUUAUAUUGAAUUAAAAAAAAUCUGAGGCAAAUAAUGUGCUCUGCUUUUUGCUGCUGUUAACUUUUAUACUGAAGAAUAAAUCUGCAUUUUGAAGCUUG